CCCCGUCACAACUCCCAUGCCCAACCGCUGACACGACACGCUGCCACACUCCGGGCCUUCCAGCCAUCGCUAGGUCCCCUACGGACCCCCACACCUGCGAGAUCACCCCCUCCUUCUUCAUCCUCCUCCUCUUCCCGAUCUGCCUCAUCCAUUGGUGCUGAGAUUUUGAGGGAGCAGGAUGAACCAUCGCCAGCCAGAGCAUGAGCCCCUUGAGCAUUUCCAGACGCCGCUUGCAGAUCGCUUGUUGCGGCAUCGAUUCAAUGAGGAAAGGCAGUUGCGGUACGACAUCAAGCAGGUGAACGUGCCAGCGCCCGGGGUUGCUGAUUUGGCGGCGUACUCAUUGCUUUGCGAUCGGCUGACGUAUGCGGGGGUGUACGUGGACGUGACGCAGUUGCCUGGCCGGGAGACGACCCGAGUAUUCAUUGAGUUCCUCGCGCUCCAGGUGGCACCCAACUUCGUGCACAGCGUCGCCACCUUCAUCGGAGACUUGACGAUCCUACCGCAGCCAAAUCGGGAGCCGGGCCCUUAUCCCAUGCGCGAGUUCUCGGAGUAUUUGGUGGAGCUAACUGACGUGGAGCCGCUGCCCUUCGCUGACGAAGACGCGUGGGAGUUGCACCGUGCGCUGUACAAGUCGGUGGCACUGGGGAUGUUCCGGUUCUUCGUGGAUCACGAAGACCACUGUAUCGGGGAGCACUUCGUCGUCUACUACGUCAUCACACGGCCCAAGCCAGCGGAGAAGGAAGGGACGGUGGCGCUGUACCCCUUCGCCCAGCUCCAGACGAUCGAUCCGGGAUUGUUGGAGCUCAUACAUCUUGAGCUCCUCUCCAUUGCGCAAGUGAUUGUGCGCGAGGAGGAGGAGAUCCAACCACGAGUGCGGACGGCGACGGCCCCGCGGAGGACAUACAACGCGGUCGUCAUCUCGGAUUACAUUGCGCAACGCGCGGAGAGGUUGGAGGACUUCCCGGAGGAAAGGCCGUUGCGGCCUCCCUCGUCGUAUUCUCGACCAGCGCCACCAAAGGCCCCUAAGAAGACGCCGAAGAGGAAGAGACGCCACCCAUCGCCAGGAGCGCAAGGCAGCAGGAUCGGCGGCGGCGAGGAAGUGAUUCAGCCCGCGCGUGCGGCGACACUCGUUAAGGAGAUAGUCGUGCCAUCGCCGCCCUUUCUGCGUGUCCCGAUCUCAAUCUUGAUGGAGUCGGGCCAUCAUCAUCAGCAGCAGCCGGAGGAGGAAGCCGAAUGGGAUUUCCGGAUCCCAUAUCCAGACCCCACGUCCUCGCGGGACCUCUCCGUUCCCGCCAGCCACCCCGGGGUGCCCCGGUCAUUGACAUUAGUAGUUCCUCCGAGCCGGACGGUCCAUCGGACAGAGGUGGACUUCAUGGUGGAGCCCGCCACCAUCAGGCUCGAGGCCAUCGCGGGGGCGCCGCACCCUGAUCCGGCCUGGGAGCCAUAUCUGACACCCCUUUUCAAGGGUGUAUUGCGGCGCGAUUGGCUGGGACGCUCAUCUACGAGACCGGGCAGCGCAUGGACGAGCAGGCAGUGCCAGCAGAGGGAAGCAGGGACCACGCGCGAGUCAUUCACCACAUUGCUGGAGGAAGGUGUUGACAAUGCCGCCACGGAGCUUGUGGACUUGGAUUUCGGAUUGUGCAGCGGGAGUGGUGUAAGUGGUCCGAUCCAUGGCGGGGGGUUGGUGGGAGCGCCGACGUUCGGAGGAGGAUCGUCCCGUGUCGGUGGGCCGACGAAUGGGUGCCGUCCACUGGUCUCGAGUUCCAUGGGCGCCGGGCCUCUUGGCGAGUCGUCAAGGGCAAUGACACCCACCCGCCCCUCGGUGUCUUCGCCUGCAAUGCGGCAGAGGGCGACCGCAAGUGCUGCAAUCAAUGAUGGGACUCCACCGGAAGACAUCGGGAGGCAGGUGUGGGAGAACUGCCGCCAACAGAUGUGGCGUGCUGCCGCGGAGAACAUAACCACCGGUGUGUCCAGGCUGCGUGUGGGGAGCAACGUGGAUGCGGACGACAGCCGUCGGGCGAGUGGGGACGAGUCUCCGGAUUCCCGUUACGAAGACGACGCGGAAGACGGUGAGGGGCUGGAGAUCCGACCCGUGGCUGCGCGUGGUGGGCCGAGGGGAGGACGCGGACGUCAGCAGAGGGGCGAGUCGCGUGGUGGUCGAGGAUCGAAGGCUCCUUUGGGCGACAAGGGUGGCAAGCACCCAGCUUGGAGUGUCGAGGAGAUGCUGAAGCUCGCUCAAGCGAAGCGGGAUCAGCAAGCUCAUUUCGAGGGAAUGCCGCACAACUACGACCGCAUGCGCAACAGGGAGUGGAAGCUGCUGGACCUACAAAAGCGGCUUGCGGAGGUCGGAGUGAACAGGGCAACGGACCACAUCGGGAAGAAGUGGGAUAACGUCUUCCAGCAGUACAAGAAGGUGCAGCGUUACCAGAACAUGUUCGGUGGGAAGAACUUCUUCACAUUAACUCCCUGCAACGAGAGCGGACGAGGGCUUCAACUUCUCAAUGGAUGAGCGAGUCUUCAAUGAGAUCGACAACAUGUCGAAAAAUAACAAGACCAUCUACCCGGACAACGUGGCAGACACGAGCCCCCGCGGAGGAGUGCCGCCAGCAAUGGAUGGUCACCGCCAGGCGGCUGUUGGUGGAGAGUCCUCUGCUGGUGGAGAGGGGGGUGAUGGCGUCGACGAAGAUGUGGGUUCAGCCCCGACGUC